GCAUCUUCAACACCACGUGUGAUGGAACUUCACCCAACUUAACCUGGGUCACCCCCACAGAUGUCCCACCAUCAGUCUCAAGCAGUGUAACUCGGUGGAACAACACUCUGACAUAUACUUCUGUCCUGACCAUGACCCCAGCACCCAAACACCACGGGCAAAAUCUCACCUGCAGAGUCAGAUACCCAUCAGUUUCAUCGGAGCAGACCCUCACACUAACUGUGCAGUAUAAGCCUGAGAUUUCUCGGGACUCAGGAUGCACUCGGACCCCCGAUGUCAUCACAUGUGUGUGUGCGGCCAGAUCAAACCCACCCGGAGAGCUCACCUGGCACCUCCCCCUCGCCAACCUCAGCGGGAACCAGACGCACGGUCGUUUCCAGACGUGGCAGGUGGCAGACGGGCAGCUGGUGACUAGCUCGCUGACGAUGGGUGUGGGCGAGGGAGAGGAGGAUGUGACCGCCUUCUGUACUGUCCAAAACCAACAUGGAGAGGUCAUGUUCGCAGUUUCCCAGUGGAUGACAGGUGGGGUCUCUGCUGUCUGGAUCACUGUGUUACUCACGAGCAGUGUCAUUCUCAGUAUGCUACUGGCUGGGUUCUUCAUCUCCAGGUACAUCCCGAAACGGGAUGCACGGACCAAGGAGAAGGCCUUGGAGAUCCUGGACACGACCGUCAGCUCCACUGCACACUUGACUGCACCUCAGGACACGGAGAGGCAGAGGACGAGCCAGAUCCCACUGGAAGUUUCACCAGGAAUGUCCGUUGGAGAGGGGGAGGCGUGUAACCCAGUGUACGCCAACCUGCGGGACCUGCACGGUGGUGGGGGCCCUGCUCGCAGUGGGGAGACGGUCAUAUACUCAGAGCUGCACUUCCAAUCAAUCGGGCCAGCCUGAGGGGUCAGAGUGCUAGUGGGCAGGGGGUUCGGGGUGGGGGGUGUAGAGAGCCUACUGGUUCUUGGUAAGAAGGCCAAU